AUUCUCUCAAGCAACACAAACACCUUAUUAUCAACAUCACAAAUCUUAAUAGAAUCACACUUAUUCUCAAACAUCCUAACAAAGUAUUAGUGAAAAAAUGAACUGGUGGUGGGCGAGAGCAGCCGGUGAUACUGGCAAGAUCACAAAAUUGGAGGAAGCACCACAAAGCUUCAAGAACGUAGCACUAAUUAUAGGCGUAACCGGCAUCGUCGGAAACAGCCUUGCCGAGAUUCUACCUCUUAACGACACCCCCGGUGGUCCAUGGAAAGUUUACGGUGUGGCUCGCCGUCCACGACCAACGUGGAACGCUAAUAACCCCGUUCACUAUAUUCAAUGCGAUGUUUCCAACCAAAACGACGUCGAAUUGAAGCUCUCUCCAUUAACUGACGUGACUCAUAUCUUUUAUGUUUCAUGGACCAGUAGGCCCACUGAGGCCCAAAAUAGCGACGUAAAUGGUUCCAUGUUGAGGAACGUUCUUCGGGCUCUCAUUCCAAAUGCUCCGAAUCUUCGCCACAUUUCACUUCAGACAGGUGCCAAGCAUUAUGUAGGAUCGUUUGAAACGAUUGGGAAGAUCAAGGGUCAUGACUCACCGUUCACGGAGGAUCUGCCACGCCUCGACAUACUCAAUUUCUAUUACACACAAGAGGAUAUCUUGUUCCAAGAGGUGGGUAAGAAAAAAGGAAUGACAUGGUUCAUUAAUCGACCACAAGUUAUCUUUGGAUUUUCACCAUACAGCAUGAUGAACCUAAUUGGUACACUUUGCGUUUACGCCGCAAUUUGCAAGCAUGAAUGUGUUCCUUUGAAGUUUCCUGGAUCGAAAGCUGCAUGGGAGGGUUAUUCAACUGCUUCAGAUGCUAAUUUAAUAGCAGAGCAACACAUUUGGGGUGCGGUUGAUCCUAAAGCCAAGAACCAAGCUUUCAACUGCAGCAACGGUGAUGUUUUCAAGUGGAAACAUUUUUGGAAGGUAUUGGCUGAUAAGUUUGGGAUUGAAAAUUAUGGUUUUGAAGAUGGUUCAGAUUUCAAGUUGUCAGAUAUGAUGAAAGAUAAGGGUGGUGUUUGGGAAGAUAUUGUGAGAGACAAUGGAUUGUUGCCCAACAAGCUUGAAGAGGUUGGUGAUUGGUGGUUUGUAGAUUUUAUGUUGAGAGUUGAGGGUGUUUUGGAUACUAUGAACAAGGCUAAACAACAUGGUUUCUUGGGAUUUAGGAAUUCUAAGGAAUCUUUUAUUAGUUGGAUUGACAAGACAAAAGCUUACAAGAUUGUGCCAUGAUGUUUCACCUAUCAUUCUUGGCUUGUAGUAAAUAAAGUCCCAUGGUGGACGAGGAAGAGUUCUUUUCGCAUUUCAAUGUUUAUAAUGUGUGCUUUUUUGCAAUAACAAGUUGCAGAUAAAAUAAUGAAAAAAACUACUUAUUUUGCUCAU